UUUAUAGCAUCUGACCAUUUAGUUAUUAGUAAUCAUACUAAUAAAAAUAUACACAUAUAUAGCACAUCAUUUGAUAAGCAGUUCCAGUUACUAUUUUUAGUGGCUUUUAUGAAAUUGUUGCGAUUUUAAGGUAUUAAUUUUACUAGAGUUUUAGUGGAUUUUAUGAAAUUUGUUGGCGAUAUAGACCAGUACUAGUACAUGUUCGAUAUUAAAAUUAAGUAUAUCGUCAAUGACUUGUUGCAGAAAACAUUAUGGUCACUAGAUUCAUUUGCUGAUCCACAGCAAUAACCCAUGUAUUACAGUCCCAAGCUACAAGUCUAAGAAAAAGCCCAGUACAUGCAUAAAGAAACAAGUCUUCGUUUUCUUCUUGUUGUUGUGGUCUACUGUUUAAAAGUGAUGCAGAGAAAUAUGUAAGUGUCUUAUAAUCAAAUCCACUAAACCCUUUUUGUUUUAAGCCUCCGUAAAUAACACUUGGUUAGUUGGUUUAGGAUAAUCAAUACAAAAAUCUAAAGACACACAUUGUAAGUUUGUAACUACACCAAGUAUGUUAUAACUUAGAAACUAGAAUUAAGUUAUAUCCUGAAGGAUCCACCGACACUUCUCAAAUUGUUCAAAUAUAAUCUAGCUGUUGUCACGCGUAUAUAUAUUAUAUGCAUAACAGUCUCUUUUUACGGGAGUGCUAGUAAAAUAGUAAACACUAGAAAACAUAUUCAACGUGCUCAAAACAUUAAAGAAUAGUACUAUAUGUUAGAUUCGGUUUAUUAUGGGCUUCCAACUCAAAACCAAUUGGCAAUUAGUGGAUUGGCUCUAACCCUUUAUAUAUUACUUAAUGUCCCAUUGAUUUUCCAAUGUGGGAUACAUAUCCCUUAAUACUAUAAAACUAAAAUAUUUUCAUUUUCUUUGAUACAAAGUUUAUUUUACAUCUAUAAAUACCAUACAUCUCCAAUAGUCAUCUUCAUCUCAAACAAACAAUCACAAAACAAAAAAAAACCUAGAAAACACAAAGAUGGGUGGCCUUACUCACCUCAUCGUCUUCGUCUCCAUGUUUGCAGCCAUAACUCUGAUAUCAGAAGCCCAAUACCUUAUUCCGGUCACCAAAGACGAACCCACCAAACAAUUCUACACCACUGUCAAUAUCGGAGCCGGCGGAAUGUCGUCUCCCGUUAACCUCCUACUCGAUCUCGGAACCAACCUAACGUGGCUCAACUGCCGCAAAAUCAGAUUAUUAUCAUCACUCCACGCCGUCAGUUGCAAGAGCUCCACCUGCAAAUCAAUCCCCGGCAAUGGCUGCGACGUCACAAACACCUGUCUUUACACGCAACCAAGGCCUCUAGGUAAAAACACCGCAGUGGCCACGGGCCGUGUAGUUCAAGACAACGCCACCAUCUUCACUACACAAAGCGGAAAACCAAUCUCCAUAGCUCCUUCCCGCCGCUUCACAUUCUCCUGCGCCGUCGAGAAAUACCUCCAAGGCAUGGCCCCUCGCAUCGCCGGAGUUGUGGCUCUUUCUCCGGGAGAGUUCCCGUUCUGGAGAGAGAUUGCGUCAGCGUAUAACAUCAUCCCCAAGUUUGCUCUCUGCUUGCCUUCUUCCGGCCGCGGCCUCGGGUACUUCUAUAUCGGCACCCAUUCGUUCGGUGGGAGUAACCCCGUUCCGAUGACUUUGACGCCGUUGAAAAUCGACUCGGGAAAAUAUCUAGUCUCCGUUACGUCGAUCUACGUUGACGGAGUUUCUUUAACGUUGGACCCAAGUUUGCUUGAGGGCGGAGCCCAGCUCAGUACAGUGGUUCCUUACACCGUACUACAAACCGAUAUCUACAAUGCUCUUGCUCAGUCUUUUAUGCUAAAAGCAAAGAAAAUAGGAAUGUCUGAGACCACAGGACAUGCGCCAUUUAAACAUUGCUUCGAAGAAGGCGCUUCAGCGAAGAACAUGGAUGUGUCAGUGAUGGAGAUUGGACUGCCAGGGAAUGGAAGGGAGGUGAAGUGGAGGUUUCAAGGUGCGAAUAUGGUAGAGAGAGUGUCGGAGACGGUUAUUUGUUUGGCAUUCGUCGAUGGAGGAAAUAAACCUAAUGAGUCCAUGGUCAUUGGGACACAUCAGCUUCAAAACUAUUUGAUCGAAUUCGAUUUAAGCACCACGCGAAUGGCUUUUAGUGACCCACUCGUGCUCCAUAACAUUGGCUGCUCCAAGUAGUCUUUCCAGAAAUAAAAUCAAUCACACAUGACAUUAAGAGAUCCUCUUUGCCAUUUCAGCUUUUACUUGUGUUCCAAUCAAAAAUUUGAAUAAAACUAUCAACAUGUUCUUUUAAAUGUCAAGUUUAUUUUCCUUUCUUAUAAGUUAAUAUUACCCAAAUGUAUAAGAAUUUCGUACAUUUAUUAAUAAUUGUGAGACUUGCAAUUUUUUUAUCUUUUUAUUUUCUUUUUGUUGAAAUUUGAAAUUUAUUAAUCGACAAAAAGCAUAUUUACAAAUAAGACCUAUGAGAAGUAGGGACCUGAGACAUCUAUUUUUCUUCUCUUUCCCAACAUUUUCA